UUGGGGUUUGAAUUGGUGGCGCGAGCCUGGCUGGUGCUAGUUUUUGGGGCAGACAGAGACAGAGACAAAAACAAACUAAAAAAAAAUCUCCGAGCGAGUGUGAGGAAACGCCGAGAGAGUGGGUUCUGCUUGUAAGCGCUGCCUAAUGUGACAAGAUGGCAGAGGCAGACUGGGAGCUGAGUAAGGAGAACGUUCAGCCUUUGAAACAAGGCCGGGAUGUGAGUACACUUCAGGAUGUGCUUGCACAGCAUGAAGGUCUAAGUAAUAUCAGUAUUCAAGAGCAGAAACUAGCCUUUGAGGCAGAAAUCAGAUUUUAUUCUGGUAAUGACCCUCUGGAUGUCUGGGACAGAUAUAUCAAAUGGACCGAACAGAUGUUUCCACAAGGUGGAACAGAUAGUAAUCAUUUAGCUCUACUGGAAAGGGCUUUGAAACUCUUCCUGAAGGAUGAUCGAUAUUACAGUGAUCUGCGGUACCUUGGUCAUUGGUUAAAGUUUGUUGACUACUGUACUGACCCACUAGAAAUGUUUGACUUCUUAAAGAGCAAAGGAAUUGGUGUAUCACAUGCUGCUCUUUAUGUUGCUUGGGCUGAACGGUUUGAACUUCUGGGGAACAACAAAAAGGCAGAAACUAUCUUGCAAGAAGGCAUUCAGCUCAAUGCUGAACCAGUGGAAAAACUUCAGCACCAUCUGAGGCACUUUCAAUCCCGGGUAUUUAAACAGGUUGUGGCCUCCAUAGCUGAAGGAACAAAUGAAGACUCAUUUCCUGAGCCAACUCAACAACAAAGAACUAGUCUUGGUGAUCUGAAACGGCGUGGACAAAAGAAAGCCAUGGCACCUGUCAAGAGGGUUGGCAGUGCAAUGAGAUCACUAAACCAAGGUCUUGGCCAGUAUGUGGCUCCUGUUCAGGAGCAGAGUGGUACCUUUGAAGUGUUCAAUGAAAAUCGAUUGGACACCCAACCCGGAGAACAACUGAGAUCAACAGAGAAGCAGUGGUCUACACUUCCUUCAACUUCUGCUAAAGAGAAUGAAAUUGUCCCAGGACCCUGGAAUACAUCUGGAAUGCGGGUGCAUCGGCAUUCCAAUAUACCUGCAGUUCCCUUUUCUACAAUCCCGUCAGCCAAGAAACCUGACUUCAAGCUUUAUGAGGAGGAGUCUUCACAUGAAGAGACUAUGACACCUCGUAAAAUUGAGCCUUUGUUUCAACCAGUGUUGAGUGCUCGGAAACCCAGUAAAGAAUUGAAUCCAUUGAUUAGAGUACAGGUUCAAAAUUGCAAUGAAAAUAAGGAAGUAUCUAUGUAUUCAAAAGACAAGAUCUACGCUGGACUGCGCGAGUUCUCUUUUGAAGAACUCCGAGCGGAAGAAUUCAAAAAGAAAUACAAAGCGCACAUUAAAGAACAAGAGGAGAAAUUGUUGAAGUUAAAGCAAGAAAAGGAGGAGGUGGAGCAAUUGAUCCACAUGGCAGAAAUGAGAAUGAAGGAGCAGCAGGAGCCAAACCAACUAGAAACACAACAGAAAGAAGCAAUUAAUAACUCAGUGCCAUGGUCAGCGAUCGCUACUAGAGAAUUUGGCACAGAAAUCAAUCCUUCAGAAAGGAAUGCUGAAGAUCCUGAUACGAAAGGAUUGAACGAAAAUGCAUUGAGGCUGAAAAAUACAAAUGUGUCAGAUUGCACAGAUACCAUAAACCACAUAUUCUCUGACCCUGUUACUUGUUCCCAAAUGAGUGAUAAAAGUCAGUUUGAAAGUCUGGAUUCAGUGCCUCGUGAUUGUAACAAGGAAGACCUGGAAUAUGAAGCACAGUUCAUGAAAUGUGCUGAUAACAGCCAUCUAAAUUCACUCUCAGCCCUGAUGCCCCCAUUCGUGGGCUUGCCAUAUGCAUCUGCUCCUUUCAGCAUUUUUGAUGAGACUGCAGAAACUGGAGACCAGAUUAAGCCCCCAGCAAAUUACUUGAAACCGAAUACUCAAUGGCCACUUUCUGGAAUUCUUGUACCAUCACAACGUGUUCUAGCUGAAGGGGCCUGUUCUGCUGAAUGUGAUGAUUUAGAUGGGAUUGAGCCCCUGAACGAAGACCACUUUGUGAAUGGUGAUUACCCGAACAAGACUCUUGGUCCUUAUCCUGAAAACACAUGUGACUUUAGCAGAGGGGCACAUUUGGUCUCAACCCCUUUCCACAGAAAUACACCAACCGAUGACCAGGAGAGUUCAAUCAAGCAAAACUGUAUAGAUGGUGGUAAAAAUGCUCUGAGUUCACUAUCUCCUAUCAAGGAGUCCUUGUUUGACCAACCUCUGCAUAUGAAGAAACUGAGUCCAAUUCAGGAAGCAAGUGAAGAUGGUCUGUCCUCUGCUACUACCACCUCCUCUUCUGCAGUAUCCUCUUCUUCCAUGGGAGGACUUGGUACUAUGAGUGACUUGAAUAUUUUGGAGAAACUGGAGCUGGGCCAGUUGAACUCUUGUGAGACCAACAAUGUGAAUUCCACCUCUGAUAAUCCAUGGGAUAUAGAAAUCAGGAAGCAAUUGCUUUCAUCCCUACCUGUGCCGUUGAGCUCAUUCUCAGAGUUCCACGUUCAGAAUGCCCCAGUACCUACAUUUGAAGAUGGAUGCGAGCUAACUCUAGGUUCACAAGCAUUUAGUAUCAAACUAGCAGCAGUACAUGAGCAGCAUCGUGUAUUCUAUGGAACCAAUCCAAGAUUGAGCUUGUCCAAAGCUAUUAUUAAGGUGCAGUCUCACACAGUGCCUUGGGACUUCUACAUCAAUCAGCAACUUAAGAUGAGGCUUGGUUCCAAGUUUAAUAAUUACUUCAGUCAGAAUCACAGCUGCUAUUUGUUUGACAAUGGAUGUGUGACAGUGGAUCAGGGCAAGCACUGCGAAACUCUACAGGGUCUGUCUCAGGUGUGGGAAACUGUGCCAGAAGCACUGGUGGUGUUUCUGACACUUGACUUACUAGCUUUAGUGGAACUCAUGCACACAGCUGAAAUUGUUCAUGGAAGCAUAGCACCAGAAACACUCUUCAUGGAUGACAGGUUUUAUAACGAUUCUGUGUGCCCCAGUGGUGAUGUUUUAGUGAAGCUCAUGGACUUCACCCACAGUUUGGACCUGAAGCUGCAGCCUGAUGUCGUCAAGUUUAUGAAAUUUCCUACAGUGCAAUCGCUAUCAAAUAAAGAGCUCCUGCGAGAGUGCACUAAUGCCUACCAGGUUGAUCUCCUUGGGAUUGCAAACACUGUACAUUUUCUAUUAUUUGGAAGCCAGAUAGAUGUCAGCAAACGGGGCUCACUGUGGAUACUUGGGCCUACAUCCUCCAGAAUGGAGUUGCUGUAUCUGGAGUUGUGGAACAGUUUCUUUGAAAAGAUUCUGAAUGCAGGAGGUGCAUCCUCUGUCUCUACACUGAGUGAUCUGCGACAGACAGUGACAGAAGUUAUUGAGCCAGAUUAUGAAAUUCUGUAUAAUGAUGCUUUCACACUAAUGCCCCAUGAUUAAUGAAUGUAAGGUUUUUUAAAAUGCUACUGUUGUUUCAGGGUCCUUUUUUAUUGCUUUGAAUAAAGUUGUCCAUAUACGCUUUU